UAAGUCCAAAGUUAAGCGAUUUUAUCAUGCAGUUGAGUUUUAAUUUUCAAACACUUCACUUUAAUUAAGAGAUGUCCGAAAAAAAAGACGACCAUGAUAAACCACUUGGUGUUUUCAAUCCAAAUCAACGUCAGUUUUUUGAAGACGAACUGAGAUAUCGUGAAAAAUUAAACCAGCUUCAUGCAGGUUUGGAUAAUUCCAGUCCCACACAUUUGUACAUUAGACCAAAAGAAGUGGAGCUCGACGUGGAUUUAUUGGAUGAAUAUGAUUCGUUUUACAAAACAACCAAAAGUUUAUUGAUUCUCUUUCAAAUUAUGGGAAUUAUGCCGAUUAAACGAAGUGCACCAGGUGAAAAAUUACCACGCACCACUUAUCAUUGGAGAUCAUCGGUUUUCUUGUGGGCUUAUUUCAUAUAUGGCUGUUUGACGAUUCUCGUCAUAUACACGUUUCAGGCUCGAGUCCAAAAUUUCUUGAGCUCUGCAAAACGUUUCGAUGAAGUUAUCUACAAUGUUAUUUUCAUAAGUUUGCUGUUGCCGCAUUUUUUAUUACCCGUAGCAUCAUGGCGCAAUGGAUCGGAAGUGGCCAAAUUCAAAAAUAUGUGGACUGCUUAUCAAUUACAAUAUUAUAGAGUGACCGGAAUACCUAUAAUAUUCAAACAAUUGUCAGCAAUGUCUUGGAUCGGAUGUGUGGCUAGCUGGCUGCUAAGCUUUAUGAUGAUGAUUUCUCAGUACUAUUUUCAACCCGAUUUCACAUUCUGGCAUAUUUUUGCAUAUUUGCACAUCAUUGCUAUGUUGAAUGGCUUUUGUUGUCUUUGGUAUUUAAAUACCACCGCAUUCUCUGAGGCCAGUAAACUACUGUCGGACAAAUUAGAAGAAUCAUUGAGCCAACCGAGGCCAUCAGAGCAAUUGACAAAAUAUCGGCAUUUGUGGGUUGAUUUGAGUCACAUGAUGCAACAACUGGGCAGAGCUUAUUCCAAUAUGUAUGGCAUUUAUUGUCUCAUAAUUUUCUUCACCACCAUCAUCGCACUUUAUGGUGGUUUGUCGGAAAUUUUGGACCAUGGAGCGACUUUCAAGGAGCUUGGCUUACUUAUUAUCGUCGUCUAUUGCAUGACAUUGCUUUUUAUUAUUUGCAACAAAGCACAUAUGGCCAGUGAACGGGUUGGCCUCGAAUUUCAAACACGCCUUUUGAAUGUGAAUUUAACAGCGGUCGAUAAAUCAACACAAAAGGAAGUUGAAAUGUUUUUGAUUGCCAUACAGAAAAAUCCACCAAUCAUGAAUUUGGAUCAAUAUGCUGACAUCAAUAGGAGUCUCAUUACUUCGAAUGUUUCCUUUAUGGCUACUUAUUUGGUUGUUUUGCUUCAGUUCAAAUUAACAUUGUUACGACAAAGUGCACGUCAAGCAGCUCACAGUCUACUGGUCAAUAAAACAAUGAUACAUCAAUAAUUUAAAAAUAUAUUGGAAACAGAUAAGGGAAAAAUACUACUAAUAUUCGAACUUACUUUAGUACUUUUUUCUUGACAAAACUAAAUUUGUGUUAUUUGCAUUAAGUUGGUUCCAUUUAAUAUUAUAAAUAAAUGAUUAGAAUAUUCAUGCACUAGCUAUGGAAACCGAAAAAAGCAAAUUUUUAAGCACGAUCAUUUGUAUUAU